GGUUGUAGUUCUCCGCUCCGCGUGCCCAUUGAUUGGCUCACGGAUUUGUGGUGUUGUGGUGGAAUAUUCCCAUGGAAAAAUAGUGUUAUUCGUUUUUAUUUUCUCGUUUAAAUGAAUAAUGUGUUGUUUUACAUCGUAUUUAAUGCCAAUCUAAUUACAUCACACGAACUAUGAUAACUAAAAUGCAAACUCAAGCUAACGUCGCGGUGCCCCAAUCUGUCACGACACAGCCUCAGCAAAUAGUCGGUGUCCCCGCAAAUGCCGUAAUAUUGAAGAUGUCUGACAUCCAGCAAAUAUCGACAGUCGGGCUUCUGGAACUCGCUCACCGGGAGUACCAGGCGGGUGAUUACGAGAGUGCCGAGCUGCACUGCAUGCAGCUCUGGAGACAGGACAGCUCCAACACGGGGGUUCUUCUGCUGCUCUCGUCCAUACACUUCCAGUGCCGACGGCUGGACAAGUCUGCGCACUUUUCGACGCUGGCGAUCAAGCAAAAUCCACUCCUGGCGGAAGCAUACAGCAAUCUCGGGAAUGUGUUCAAAGAGCGGGGCCAACUCCAAGAGGCUCUGGAGAACUACAGACACGCUGUCAGACUGAAGCCAGACUUCAUCGAUGGCUACAUUAAUCUGGCUGCAGCCCUUGUCGCAGCCGGCGAUAUGGAACAGGCCGUGCAGGCUUACGUCACAGCGCUACAGUAUAAUCCUGACCUGUACUGCGUCAGGAGCGACCUGGGAAAUUUGCUCAAGGCGUUGGGCCGCCUGGACGAGGCAAAGGCUUGUUACUUGAAGGCCAUCGAAACUAGGCCAGACUUUGCAGUGGCAUGGAGCAACUUGGGAUGUGUAUUUAACGCCCAGAGUGAGAUCUGGUUGGCCAUUCAUCACUUUGAGAAGGCCGUGGCCUUGGAUCCCAACUUUUUGGACGCCUACAUUAACUUGGGAAAUGUUCUCAAGGAAGCAAGGAUUUUUGACAGGGCCGUAGCCGCCUAUCUACGCGCUUUAAACCUAUCACCAAACAACGCCGUCGUCCACGGCAAUCUGGCCUGCGUCUACUACGAGCAGGGCCUGAUCGACCUGGCCAUAGACACAUACAGGAGGGCCAUAGAGCUCCAGCCCAACUUCCCGGACGCCUACUGCAACUUGGCGAACGCUUUGAAAGAAAAAGGCCAAGUCGCCGAUGCUGAAGAGUGCUAUAAUACCGCUCUACGUCUCUGCCCCUCACACGCAGACUCUCUCAACAAUUUAGCCAACAUCAAACGUGAACAAGGCUAUAUCGAGGAGGCUACGCGACUGUAUCUGAAGGCUUUAGAAGUCUUCCCAGAAUUCGCCGCAGCCCACAGCAAUUUAGCUUCAGUGCUACAACAACAAGGCAAACUCAAUGAAGCUCUCAUGCAUUAUAAAGAGGCUAUCCGCAUCCAGCCAACAUUCGCGGAUGCUUACAGCAAUAUGGGUAACACGCUUAAAGAGAUGCAGGAUGUCGCAGGGGCGCUCCAGUGUUACACCAGAGCCAUCCAAAUUAACCCAGCCUUCGCAGACGCACACAGCAAUCUCGCAAGCAUCCACAAAGACUCUGGGAACAUUCCGGAAGCCAUACAGUCCUAUAGAACCGCCUUGAAGCUGAAGCCAGACUUCCCUGAUGCGUAUUGCAAUCUAGCCCACUGCUUGCAAAUAGUAUGCGACUGGACGGACUAUGAAGCCCGAAUGAAGAAAUUAGUCAGCAUUGUUGCUGAACAGUUGGACAAGAACAGGCUUCCGUCGGUCCAUCCGCACCAUUCCAUGCUGUACCCACUAACACAUGACUUUAGAAAGGCUAUCGCCGCUCGCCACGCAAAUCUAUGCUUAGAGAAAGUCCAAGUACUACACAAACCUCCAUAUAAAUUCCCUCGCGAUCUCCAAGGACGUCUUCGUAUCGGUUACGUGAGCAGUGACUUCGGAAACCAUCCUACAUCGCAUUUAAUGCAAUCUGUGCCUGGCUUACAUGACCGUAACAAGGUUGAGAUCUUCUGCUACGCUCUAAGCACCGAUGACGGUACAACAUUCCGUUCAAAGAUCGCCAGAGAAGCUGAACACUUCAUAGAUCUAUCCCAAAUGCCCUGCAACGGAAAGGCUGCUGACAAAAUCUACGGAGACGGUAUCCAUAUCCUUGUAAACAUGAAUGGGUACACUAAAGGAGCUAGGAAUGAAAUAUUCGCGCUCCGACCCGCGCCCGUCCAAGUUAUGUGGCUGGGUUACCCAGGAACCAGUGGAGCUAGCUACAUGGACUAUUUAGUAACCGACGCCGUCACAUCUCCAUUAGAACUCGCCAGCCAAUACAGUGAGAAGCUCGCAUACAUGCCUAAUACAUACUUUGUUGGUGAUCAUAAGCAAAUGUUCCCCCAUUUACAAGAGAGACUAAUCCUAAGCGACAAAAUCAAAUCUCACAAUAACAUGGGCAGCCUAGCGGACAACGUAGCUGUCAUUAAUGCUACAGAUCUGUCGCCUUUAGUGGAGAAUACCGAUAUUAAGGAGAUUAAAGAAAUAGUGAGGGCUGCUCGACCGGUGGAGAUAUCGCUGAAAGUAGCAGAGUUACCAACAACCACCCCUAUUGAGACUAUGAUUGCUUCCGGACAAGUUCAGACUUCAGUAAACGGCGUAAUACUCCAAAACGGCCUGGCAACCACGCAAACCAACAACAAGGCGGCAACCGGCGAAGAAGUACCACAAUCCAUCGUGAUCACCACCCGACAGCAAUACGGCCUUCCCGACGACGCAGUUGUAUACUGCAACUUUAACCAGCUUUACAAAAUAGACCCGCUAACGCUACAUAUGUGGGUGUACAUAUUGAAGCAUGUACCGAACAGUGUGCUGUGGUUGCUGAGGUUCCCCGCUGUCGGCGAGCCGAACCUGCAGGCCACGGCUCAACAAUUAGGUCUGCCACCCGGCCGCAUUAUCUUCUCGAAUGUAGCCGCCAAAGAAGAGCACGUACGGCGAGGACAACUAGCUGACGUGUGCCUGGACACUCCCCUGUGCAACGGACACACCACCAGCAUGGACAUCCUGUGGACCGGGACACCGGUAGUCACUCUACCUGGGGAGACGUUAGCGUCCAGAGUGGCAGCUUCUCAACUCAAUACACUGGGGUGUCCAGAGUUAAUAGCCAGGACGAGGCAAGAAUAUCAAGACAUAGCUGUAAGAUUAGGAACCGAUAGAGAAUAUUUAAAAGGCAUCCGUGCGAAAGUAUGGGCGGCACGAACGGAGAGCCCGCUGUUCGACUGCAAGGCGUACGCGACCGGCCUCGAGAUGCUCUACCACGCCAUGUGGGAGCGCCACGCGCGCGGCGAGCGGCCCGACCACCUCGCCGCCGUCGACAAGUAGAGCCACCGGCCAGCCGGACCGGGACCGUAUUAUGUACACUAUGUACAGUGCCACUGAACGUUAGUGUUGGACUGAACACGUUAACCGAGUUUCAACUUUAGUCCUUUCAUGAUAAGGGUUAUUUUGAAAUGGCAAUGCUUUUUUAACGUGUUAAAAUGCAUCAAAUCUCAAUCCGAAAGCGAUUGUGUAGAAGUUUUGCGGACAAAUGUUUUGGUGCGUUAGUGUUAAUUAGUGCAAGUGGUAAAGAUCAAAGAUUAUUUCACCUUGUUAAUAGUUAUUUACGAUACAAGUGCAGGAAAAUAGGAAAUUCGAAACGAGUGGCGAUAAAUUAAAACACGACCGAAGGGAGUGUUUUAAAUCGACACGAGUAUCGAAUUACCUAUUCGCACGUGUAUCGUACAACGUUUUACAGUACAUAUGGCCCUUUAAACUUUUGACAUAGCAUGAAAAGUGCUAUUUUACGCACUAGUGCGAGAAAAUAGGGCCAUAUGUACUGUAAAAUAAUUUAUGCCUCAGCGUGAUGAUAACGUAAUGUUAUUAUGAGCUCAUAAAUCUCGUGCUUUAGAUUGUUAUCAUGCAAUGACAUCAUAAACGUUUAUAUUGUAAUUUUCCUAGUACCUAUUACGGUAUGUUACAAUGAAGGUGGUAAAUAUGAUCUGAAUUACGCAUCCCGGUUUCAUGCUAGUUGAUCAGUGGUUAAAGACAAUUUUAAAGUGUGACGUAAGAACUGAGUGCAGCAACUGCAAGUGUGACAAUAUCCUAAUGGCGGUAUUCAAAAACGCCAGUUAAGUUUAAAAAGCCCUUGAUAAUCGUUUGUCCUUAUCCGUCGUAAUGUGUUAGAGAGGGUUAAAAUUUAACAAAGGUUUGCUAAGUUUUAUCAAUACGGGGGUUAGACUUCCUCCAUUGCUUGUGGGAACCCGUCUAUUUAGUUUUUCUAGUCAAUCGCUUGAGUUUGAGUAAUCUCCAUUUGGGCCGAUUUUUUAUUAUUCUUGAUUUCUUUUCCGUUACAUUUCGAUUAAAUUUGGCUGGUUUGAAGAGCUCCUCAUUCUGGGCGGGAUAAAUGCGAAAUUCCAAAUUGGCACAAAAAAAAAAAAGAAAUUUACCGUUGAGUUACGUUUUCGUAACUCGGAGGAAGAUUUUGUAGGACAUAUUAUACGUAAGGACGCAAUAUUGCGCUUACAGUAGAUAGGGAACUCUAUCCACUAUUUUAUAUUGAAAUCUGACGAAUAAAAAAUCGGCAACAAUAAAAAACGGCCAAUUUAUUGCGCAGAUUUAUUUUUCGAAGCUAAAAGUAUAUAGUAGUAGAAAUGUGGCCUUUUAGGCAGCAGAUUGCUGUUUUAACUGUUACUUCUCUUUUCUGUGCGACCCACUCAUAAAAUGAAUCAGUCACUUUGAAAAUAAAAUAUUGACUGCAUGUUUUCUAAUGAAACAAUGUUUGGUUUCAUUGUUAUUUUUACUGUUGAUAAUAAUGACGGGUGUCGCAUAUUUUCAUCAAAUGCGAUUUUUUUUAUGUAUGACUAUGAUUGUAAAAAAUGGAUUUCACAAACGUUUUGUAAAUGAUUUGAUAAGCAAGUUACGAGACAUUUGAAGUUGCCAAAAAUAAAAAUGUUAAUUAAUUGGUAUGAACUAAACAUUCGAAAUCCGGUACCAGAAUGAAUAUUUGAGUGUUUGUAAAGUCUGCCCUUAAAGACCAUUAGUGAUUGUGGUGUGUGACAACUUUUGCACAAAAUGACGAAAAAUAACUCUUCCUUUGCUAGAAAGUAUGAAGUAAUGUCAUUACGCCUACUAACGAAGUUCUUUGAAGUUAAUGACGGCUACAGAUGUGAAAGUUUCCAAAUAGUUUCAAAAUUUCACAGAAAACAGGAAAAUUUCUUAGAAAUGGAAAAUUUCAAUGUGAGAAUCAUCGGAAAUUUUUCCACGUUUAAAUUUCGCAAUUUUGGAAAACUUCACUAAUGAUGGCUGUUCAAAUGUUCGAACAAUACCUACCUACGUUAUUGGGGCUACAUAAGUAAGACUGAACUUGAUCCCAAGCUGUAACUGACAAUCUACGUUCAUUAGUUCAAUUUAACUAUUAGUCACUCAGUGGGUUUCUUCCUAUAGUUGUUAAGAUGGACGCUAAAGUAUUGUGAUAGUAUAUCUAAUGGCUAUGUAUUAUACAUAUAUACAUUGUUAUUAGACAAUUGUGAUGUUAUUUCUCAUUAUUCGACAUCUGCCGUUGUAAUAGCUCUGGAUAUUUAUUUGAUUGUGCGUCAACGAAUUUAACCUAGUUUGUGCCUUUGGUUAAUUUAAAGAUUUUGUAAAUAUUAUGAACUAAGGAUGUUUUCUUUGAUACCAUGCCACCAUGAAUUAUGUUUAACAUCUGUUAACUACUGAUAUUAUGUACCUAAUGUAAAGAGUAGAUCCUUUUAAAAUGUAAAUUAACUCUUUGAACGCUUUGCCUAACUUGCGCGGCGCGUCAUUGUGAACUUUGUGGGUAAGCACGAAGGUUGAUAUUGGGAUGCAGCCGCGCGCGUCCAUUGACGUCUUUUUGAGAUUCAAAGGGUUAAACUUUAAAGUGUGUUAAAAUUGCAUUUAAGCAUCGCUUUCUUGAAUUACACGCUGUUCGUAAUCUAUUACAUGUAUCUUGGUUUACUAAAGAGGUAUAUUUUUUUACAUUUCAGUAUUUUCGGCUAGGUAAUAGAGACAUGACACAAUGAAGUUUCGAGUAGACGAAUUGUAAUUCUUGACUAUUUAUUGCGUACAAAUGAGUUGAUAAGUUGAUAGUGUGACAAACCCAGUUGAUACCUUUGUAACUUGCGGUUGAUUUUAUUGUAAAUAGUUAAUAUUUAAGGAUAGAAAUAAAAAACGAAACAAUGGAAA